AUGGCGCUCAAAUUGUUACAUUUGGUUAUCCUCUUCAUAUUUGUUUCUGUAGACAUCACAUGCACCAAUGCGGUGGGUCCGCCUAAGGUUCAUGUGAUUAAUGCAUUGACCGACCCGUCUCCGGUGCAUCUAAGGGUUACUAGUGCAAAAGAUGACGAUUAUGAAAGGAAUGAGAUCUUGAAACAAAGUGAGAGUCUUGAUUUGGCGAUUAACAGAUGUGGCUUUCAAGUAUAUGCACUACCUUAUGAUUACUCAUAUAUACUCGAGUGUGUGGCGAAGCCCGGGGCACCUCUAUACAAGGGUGGAAUCGUCAAAAAUCCCAAAUUCAACGAGGAAUUAAAUGGAUGGAUAGCGGGCGGAGAGGCGAAAAUAGAGAGUGCGAAAUCAGUGGAUGGAAACCGCUACGCGGUCGUCUCCAAUGGCGUUUAUCAGAGCUUCAAUGUGGAGAAGGGCAAACUGUACAGUGUCUCCGCAUGGUUCCAACUACGCAAGGGAAAGGGUGGCGCCGUGCAAAUAAAGUUAGUAACAAGCAACGGCGAACAAACUGCAAACUUCAUUUUUCCAAAAGCCGGCUGUUGGAGCAUGCUCAAAGGUGGGUUCGAGUCGACCGUGACGGAAUCGGCCAAGCUCCAGAUCGAGGCCAAUGUGACCGGAGCUGUUAUGUGGGUCGAUAGCGUGUCAGUGCAACCGUUCACACAAGAAGAGUGGAAUUCACAUCGGGUGGAGAGCGUUGAAAAGGGGAAAGUGAAGUUUGAAGUGACGAAUGAGUUAGGAAUGGCGGUGGCAGAUGCGGAUGUGUCGAUCAAACUAAAAGAGCCGCGGUUCCCCUUCGGCAACGCCAUGAGCAAUUCGAUCCUCGAGAACCAAGUGUAUCAGAAAUGGUUCUUAGAAAAACGAUUCAAGUAUACCACUUUCGGGAAUGAGUUGAAAUGGGAAUACACCGAGCUGGAGCAGGGGAAAGUUAACUACACCAAGUCGGAUGCGAUGAUGGCGUUUGCGAAAAACAACGGGAUCAAGGUCCGGGGCCACAACAUCCUGUGGGACGACCCCAAGUACGCCACGUGGAAGGCAAAUCUAACGGGAGACGCGCGGCGGGGCGCAGCGAUGAAGCGAGUGGAGUCGGUGGUGAGCAAGUACAAAGGGCAAGUCAUCCACUGGGACGUGAUCAACGAGAACAUGCAUCACCAGCUCUACAGCAACGUCACCCACAACGGCGCCGACGUCUACAGACUCGCCCACCAGCUCGACCCUCUCCCCGUCCCCUUCCUCAACGAGUUCAAUGUCAUCGAAGGUGUCGGCAUCAUGUCUCUGCCACCACCGCCAGAUAUCUCCAGAAAAUCGAGCGGCUAA